UAGUCAGGAAGAAAUGCAUUUCCGGUCGUGUUGUUAUGGCAACGAAUGCACCUCCUGUGUGUUGUAGACUGAAGUAAACAGACAGGUUACAACCCUCCAGCCCAGCUAUCAACUAACAACUAUCUGUAUAUAAAUUAUAGAGUUCUCGUCGCAUCCAUGGCCCAUUACAGAGCCUCAGAGUCGAAGCGAGAACAGUUUAGAAGAUAUCUUGAAAAGUCUGGAGUGCUCGAUACUAUAACCAGCGUUUUAGUGGCACUUUAUGAAGAGACUGACAAACCUAACAAUGCCCUGGAUUUCAUAAAGCUUCAACUCGGUGCGGCUGGUCCAGAGCCAGCAGACGCCGAGACUCUUCGCAUGGAGAUGUCCGACCUACAACAGAAGUGCAACCUUCUCAUGGAGGAGAACAAAGAGCUGAGAAACAGGCUGAUGCAGUACGAACCAUCACCUGAGGAGGGAGCAGCAGAGUAGAAAGGAGCGAUUAUGUCAUUGCUGUCUGGGGUAAAAACAACAACAAAAAAAUAAACAAAUAAACAAAAGCAUUUUUUUUGAAGAAUAUGUAAAUGUUUAUUAAAUAAUAAUGGAUGUACAGUGAAUACAAAAUCACUGUUAUUUUUUGUUAUAUCACAAGAAGCAACUGUUUCUUUGUCAUAAAUAAAAAUGUUUUUCUCAGCA